GCCAUGGCCUCGCUGCCCUGCAACGCCCGUAUCCAGCUUACGGAGCAGCUGGAGCAGAUGCAGCAAGGGACAGUGAUGCGCAAAGUCAAGUCCAAGAGCUGGAAGAAGCAGCGCUGCUUCAAGCUGCAGGAGGACUGCAUGACCAUCUGGUACCAGUCCAAGAGGACAGGCAAAACUGAAUCUGCCUUCUCCAUCAGCGACGUGGAGACGGUGCGGGAAGGGCACCAGUCCGAGGUGCUGCAGAGCCUGGCUGAGGAGUUCCCCCCUGAGCGCUGCUUCACCAUCGUCUUCUUUGGCCGCCGGGGCAACCUGGACCUCAUCGCUGGCUCGGCGGAGGAGGCGCAGUGCUGGAUCCAGGGCCUGCGCCAGCUCAUUGAGGUGGCCACCAGCAUGGACCAGAGGGAGAAGAUAGACCAAUGGAUUCGUGACUGGUUCCAGAAGGCCGACAAGAAUAAGGAUGGGCGCAUGAACUUCAAGGAGGUGCAGCGCCUCCUGAAGAUGAUGAACGUGGACAUGAACGAGGAUCAUGCCAUGCGGCUCUUCCAGGCUGCUGACAAGUCGGAGUCGGGGACGCUGGAAGGGGAGGAGUUCGUGCUCUUCUACAAGGCUCUCACGCAGCGCGAGGAGGUGCUGAGCCUCUUCCAGGAUUUCUCCGAGGAUGGGAAGAAGCUGACACUGCUGGAGCUGGUGGAUUUCCUGCAGCAGGAACAGCUGGAGGGCGAGGGCACGGAGGAGCUCGCCAUGGAGCUCAUCGACAAGUAUGAGCCGUCGGAGAUGGCCAAGGCUCGCCACGUGCUGAGUGCUGAUGGCUUCCUCAUGUACCUCUGCUCCCCGGAGGGCUCCAUCUUCAACCCACAGCACCAGGCGCUUUGGCAGGACAUGACCCAGCCACUCUGUCACUAUUUCAUCUCCUCCUCUCACAACACCUACCUGCUAGAGGACCAGAUCCGGGGCCAGAGCAGCAUCGAGGGCUACAUCAGGGCUCUGAAACGGGGCUGCCGCUGCCUCGAGGUGGAUUGCUGGGACGGGCCAAAUGGGGAGCCCCUGGUGUACCACGGCCACACGUUCACCUCCAAGAUCCCCUUCCGGGAGGUGGUGAGCACCCUGGGCAAAUACGCCUUCCAGGUCUCGGACUACCCGGUGAUCCUGUCACUGGAGAACCACUGCAGCGUGGAGCAGCAGGAUGUGCUGGCCCAGCAGCUCAAGAGCAUCCUGGGGGAGCAGCUCCUCAUGGCCACCACCGACGGGCGCAUCCCCACGCAGCUCCCAUCCCCGGAGGUAAGGCACAGAGUCCUGCUGAAGGGCAAGAAAAUUGGGCGGCUGGAGGACACGCUGGACGGGGCGGGGGACGACGCACCCGAGCUCUCCGAUGAGGACACCGGCGCAGAGGCGGAGGAGGAGAAGCGGAGGGCAAAGAAGGACAGGGAGAGCCUGGCGCAAGCGUUGUCCGACUGCGUCAUCUACUGCAAGAGCGUCUCCUUCCAGGGCUUCCAGGAGGCCCGCACCCAUUCCCGGCCCUCCGAAAUCUCCUCAUUCUCCGAGGCCAAGGCCAGGAAACUCAUCCGGGAGUCGGGGAAUGAGUUUGUCCGCCACAAUGCCUGGCAGCUGACCCGCAUCUACCCCAGCGGGAUGCGCACCGACUCCUCCAACUACAACCCGCAGGAGAUGUGGAACGCGGGCUGCCAGAUCGUGGCCCUGAACUUCCAGACCGCCGGCGCAGAGAUGGACCUCAACGAUGGGCUCUUCAGCCAGAAUGGCCACUGCGGCUAUGUGCUCAAGCCGUCCUUCAUGAGGGACGAGGGGACCCUUUUCAACCCCAGUGACCCCAGCACCUGGGAAAGCCACGGCCCCGUGACCCUGACGAUCCAGGUGAUCAGCGGGCAGCAACUGCCCAAGGUCGCCAACAGCAAGGACGAGGCUGUCAUCGACCCGCUGGUGCGCGUGGAGAUCCACGGCGUCCCCGCGGACCAGGCCCACCAGGAGACCAAGUACAUUGAGAAUAACGGGUUUAACCCCCGCUGGGAUGAGACGCUCCAGUUCCAGCUCCGCGUGCCGGAGCUGGCCCUCGUCCGCUUCGUGGUGGAGGAUUACGACAAGACGUCCCGGAACGACUUUGUGGGCCAGUUCACGCUGCCCUUCGCCAACAUCAAACCCGUGAUCCCCGGGGCCGGGGAAGGCACCAGGCCUGGGGCGCUGCCCCCCAGCCCUCCCUGCAUCCUGCUGUGGGGUCUGUGCCAGUGCAGCCCCUGCGCUCCCGCGCAGCCGCCCCAGGUCCCUGCGCGGCUGCAGGGAAGAGCAGAAACGGUGCAGGACACCCCAGAUCUGCCGCACACACCCGUCCCCCCCAACAUGGGAGAGCAAGACUGGAGCCCAGCGAACCCUCCGGGCUAG